AUGGUCGCUGCGCACGCUGCCCAUUCUUCCUCCUCGGCCGAGUGGAUCGCCUGCCUGGAUAAAAGACCACUGGAACGAUCCAGUGAAGAUGUGGAUAUAAUCUUCGCACGGCUGAAAGAAGUUAAAGCUUUUGAGAAAUUUCACCCAAAUCUCCUUCAUCAGAUUUGUUUAUGUGGUUAUUAUGAGAAUCUGGAAAAAGGCAUAACAUUAUUUCGACAAGGUGAUAUUGGAACCAACUGGUAUGCUGUCCUGGCAGGGUCUUUGGAUGUUAAAGUUUCUGAGACCAGCAGUCACCAGGACGCAGUGACCAUCUGCACUCUGGGAAUUGGGACAGCCUUUGGAGAGUCCAUUCUGGACAACACUCCACGCCAUGCGACCAUCGUUACCAGGGAGAGCAGUGAGCUGCUCCGCAUCGAACAGAAGGACUUCAAGGCACUAUGGGAGAAAUAUCGGCAGUACAUGGCGGGACUUCUGGCUCCUCCUUAUGGUGUUAUGGAAACAGGCUCUAACAAUGAUAGGAUUCCUGACAAGGAGAACACACCUCUCAUUGAACCUCACGUUCCUCUUCGUCCUGCUAACACCAUUACCAAGGUUCCUUCAGAGAAGAUCCUCAGGGCUGGAAAAAUUUUACGAAACACCAUUCUCUCUCGAGCACCUCACAUGAUAAGAGAUAGAAAAUACCACCUAAAGACAUACAGACAGUGCUGUGUGGGGACCGAGCUGGUGGAUUGGAUGCUGCAGCAGACUCCGUGUGUUCACUCCCGAACGCAGGCUGUGGGCAUGUGGCAAGUCCUGGUGGAAGACAGCGUUCUCAACCAUGUGGAUCAGGAGCAUCACUUCCAAGACAAAUAUUUAUUUUAUCGAUUUCUGGAUGAUGAGCACGAGGACGCCCCUUUGCCUACGGAGGAGGAAAAGAAGGAGUGCGAUGAGGAGCUGCAGGACACCAUGCUGCUGCUGUCGCAGAUGGGCCCGGACGCCCACAUGAGGAUGGUCCUUCGCAAACCACCUGGACAGAGGACCAUGGAUGACCUAGAAAUUAUCUAUGAAGAACUCCUUCACAUUAAAGCCUUAUCCCAUCUUUCUACCACAGUGAAACGGGAGUUGGCAGCGGUUCUCAUUUUUGAGUCUCAUGCCAAAGGAGGGACUGUGUUAUUUAACCAAGGGGAAGAAGGCACCUCCUGGUACAUUAUUCUAAAAGGAUCAGUGAAUGUAGUCAUUUAUGGCAAGGGUGUGGUCUGUACCCUGCAUGAGGGCGAUGACUUUGGCAAGUUAGCCCUAGUGAAUGAUGCCCCGAGAGCUGCCUCCAUCGUCUUGAGAGAAGAUAACUGCCAUUUCUUAAGAGUAGACAAGGAGGAUUUCAACCGGAUCCUGAGGGACGUUGAGGCGAAUACAGUCAGACUUAAAGAACAUGACCAAGAUGUCUUGGUGCUGGAGAAGGUCCCAGCAGGGAACAGGGCUUCUAAUCAAGGAAACUCACAGCCUCAGCAAAAGUAUACUGUGAUGUCAGGAACACCUGAAAAAAUUUUAGAGCAUUUUCUAGAAACGAUACGCCUUGAGCCAGCUUUAAAUGAAGCAACAGAUUCUGUUUUAAAUGACUUUGUUAUGAUGCACUGUGUUUUUAUGCCAAAUACCCAGCUUUGCCCAGCUCUGGUGGCCCAUUACCAUGCACAGCCUUCACAAGGUACAGAACAAGAGAAAAUGGAUUAUGCCCUCAACAACAAGAGGCGAGUCAUCCGCCUGGUUUUGCAGUGGGCUGCCAUGUAUGGAGACAUCCUACAAGAGGAUGACGUGGCCAUGGCUUUCCUGGAGGAGUUUUAUGUGUCUGUAUCAGAUGAUGCCCGGAUGCUUGCCGCCCUCAAGGAGCAACUGCCUGAGCUGGAGAAGAUUGUCAAGCAAAUUUCAGAAGAUGCAAAGGCUCCACAAAAGAAGCACAAAGUUCUUUUGCAACAGUUCAACACAGGCGAUGAGAGAGCCCAGAAGCGCCAGCCUAUCCGUGGCUCUGAUGAAGUUCUGUUUAAAGUCUAUUGCUUGGACCACACCUACACAACCAUCCGGGUACCAGUGGCUGCCUCGGUGAAGGAAGUCCUCAGCGCAGUUGCCGACAAACUGGGCUCCGGGGAAGCCCUGAUCAUUGUCAAGAUGAGCUCCGGGGGAGAAAAGGUGGUGCUCAAACCUAAUGAUGUUUCAGUAUUUACAACGCUCACCAUUAAUGGACGUCUGUUUGCUUGCCCGCGAGAGCAAUUCGAUUCACUGACUCCCUUGCCAGAACAGGAGGGCCCAACCGUUGGAACAAUGGGAACUUUCGAACUGAUGAGCUCCAAAGAUUUGGCCUACCAGAUGACAAUUUAUGAUUGGGAGCUCUUCAACUGUGUGCAUGAGCUGGAGCUAAUCUAUCACACAUUUGGAAGGCAUCAUUUUAAAAAGACCACAGCAAACUUGGAUUUGUUCCUGAGGAGGUUUAAUGAAAUUCAGUUUUGGGUUGUCACUGAGAUUUGCCUUUGUUCCCAGCCUAGCAAACGUGUUCAGCUCUUAAAAAAAUUUAUUAAGAUCGCAGCCCACUGUAAGGAGUACAAAAAUCUGAAUUCCUUUUUUGCCAUCGUCAUGGGACUAAGUAAUGUAGCUGUGAGCCGCCUGGCACUAACGUGGGAGAAACUGCCAAGCAAGUUCAAGAAGUUCUAUGCAGAGUUUGAAAGUUUAAUGGAUCCUUCAAGAAACCACCGGGCCUACAGGCUGACAGUAGCCAAACUGGACCCUCCUCUCAUCCCCUUCAUGCCUUUGCUCAUUAAAGAUAUGACAUUUACUCAUGAGGGGAACAAGACGUUCAUUGACAAUCUAGUAAACUUUGAAAAAAUGCGAAUGAUUGCAAAUACUGCCAGAACAGUGAGAUACUGCAGGAGCCAACCCUUCAAUCCUGAUGCAGCUCAAGCUAAUAAGAACCAUCAGGAUGUCCGGAGUUAUGUACGGCAAUUAAAUGUGAUUGACAACCAGAGAACUUUAUCACAGAUGUCACACAGACUAGAGCCUCGUCGACCAUAGACAUUUCAAGUGCCCAGAACAACGUUUGCCUCCGUCCACAAUCUUUCAAAAAUGCCAUUUAUGCUACUACUGACCAUACUGUCACUAGAGAAUUCUAUAAAACAAGCAAAAACCCAUCCUGAGACAUCUCAGGGCUGCAUUCAGCUUACCAGCAUCAUGACAAGAGAAGAAAUUCUUUGACUUGCAUACAGCUUGCACACUCUAACUUAGAAAUCCCCUGUUCAUAGUCACCUUAUUUUAUUUCCAGUUGUGCCAUCUUCUUUGCUGAAACAUAAAAUAAGAGCAACAUGAAGAGUAUGGUAGAAAUAUCAUUGUCAAGGGAACUAUCAAGCUCCUGAUAUUUUUUCUAGGCGUAUUUACAGGAUGAGAUGUGCUACAAGUGGUAUUUAUUUGGCUACAUCAGUGGUGGUAUAGUUUCAUAAUUUCUAACUCAACAUCUUGACUUGAGCAUGGGGUUUUUGGAAGGUGUUGAGGAAUCCAUGUAACUCCAGA